ACACAAGUUACAACUGUGAUAAAAGACGGUUAAGGAAGUUGAGCAAGCCAAGCCGCUUUUUUCACAGUCCAAUUUUCAUAAAUUAAUUUCAAAUUUUUAAACCAAUUACUGAUAAGCUAGUAGAUUCCCUUCAAAUUCCCAAUUCCUACUUCCAUAAACAAUUAAUAAACUAAUUGAAUGUGAAAAUUCGUGGUAAAUUUCUAACGAAAACACUCAAGAUUCAAAUCAUGUCUGUAGUUCUUGAAACUACUAUUGGGGAUUUAACAAUAGAUUUAUUUAUAAAAGAAAGACCUCAUUCUUGCAAAAACUUUCUGAAGCUAUGUAAAUUAAAAUAUUACAACUUUUGUCUCUUUCAUCAUGUGCAAUCAAAUUUUGUGGCUCAAACAGGCGAUCCUACAGGUACUGGAUCUGGAGGACAAUCUGUUUAUGGAAUUUUAUCUGGUAAAGAUGCCAGGUACUACGAAGGAGAAAAAAAACCAAAAAUAAAACAUGAUCGACCAGGACUUGUUUCAAUGGUUAAUUGUGGCGAUAAUUUAGUUGGAUCACAAUUCUUUAUAACUUUAGGUGAAGAUACAACUUGUUCGUUAGAUGAACAUAUUGUUUUUGGUGAAAUAGCUGAAGGUCAUGAUGUAUUAUUAAAAUUGAAUGAAACAAUUUGUGAUGCUACACAUCGACCAUAUCAGGAUAUAAGAAUAACACAUACAGUCAUCUUAGAAGAUCCAUAUUCUGAUCCUGAUGGUUUAAUUAUACCAUGUCAAUCUCCUGAGCCACCACUAGAAGUACUCCAGAGUGAUAGAAUUGGAGCAGAUGAAGAUAUCACUGAAGAUAUAGAUAUUGAAGAAUUAGAAGAAAAACGAUUAGAAAAGGAAGCUUUAGCUCGUGCUACCAUUCUUGAAAUAGUUGGUGAUUUACCUUCUGCUGAUAUUGCACCUCCCGAAAAUGUUUUAUUUGUGUGUAAACUAAAUCCAGUUACCAGUGAUGAUGAUUUACAAAUAAUAUUUAGCAGAUUUGGCAAAAUUGUUAGUUGUGAAGUUAUUAGAGAUAAAAAGUCUGGGAAUUCUCUUCAAUAUGCUUUUGUUGAAUUUGAUAAUCAAAAAUCAUGUGAAGACGCUUACCUCAAAAUGGAUAAUGUGCUAAUUGAUGAUCGCCGAAUUCACGUAGAUUUCAGUCAAAGUGUAUCAAAAAUUAAAUGGUUAGGCAAAGGAAGAGGAGUGAAGUACACUGAUAAAGAUGAUGAAGGAAAAAAUAUAAGUGAUAAAUAUUCUAAAAACAGAAAUAAGAAAAGAGAUAGCUAUGACUCUAGAAAUCAUUACAGUAAAGAUAAAAUGUCAACUCAUGAAUCAAAACAUUAUAGAAAAAAUGAUAAAAGUAAUAAAUAUCGAAAUGAAAAAGAAGAUAGGUUACCCUAUAACAAGUAUAGGAGAAUUGAAAAAGAUGAAGACAGAAGACGUGAUAGUUAUGACAAAACAAAAAAAAUCUACAGAAAUGAAAAAGAAAGAAAAAGCGAUAGAAAAGAAAGAGAUGGAAGAAGAGAGAAGGAUGACAAAAAUAAAAGGAGUAAUAGAGAUGAUAGAGAUAAAAGAAGUGAUAGAACCAAAAGUGAUAGGUAUGAUAGAGGUAGCCGUAGAUAAAUGUAAGUAUCAAAUAAUGAAUAAAAUGGUUGGAAAUGGCAGUGUAACAAUUAAAAUUGUAUAUUGACAGGAGAUUACUAAACUUGUAAGUAAAUAACUUUAAAAAUGUAUACAUUAAUAUACUUGAAUUGUUACAUUUUUAUUGAAAUUGAAUAUAUUGGUAUGUUUUGAGUCUCAAUCUAUCUAUGUAUAGUUAAUCAAGUAAACUGAUGAUAGUAAUUAACCCUUUAACCAUCUAUCAUCAAACACUUUCUGAAAAUUUACCACAUCAUCUCAAUAGGUGUCAGUGCCAUGACCUACUAAAUAAGCUGAUAAAUAAACAAAUUCUUCUAAAUGGUUUCAUUACUGGAUAACUUUCCUCAUCAUGUAUUUAUGUGUUAUUUUUAUGUACAUAAUUAUUUAUUGUAAUAUUAUCUCAUUUACUUAUCAUGCUAAGCAAAUAUAGAUUUAAAUUUUUCUUCAAAUAAAAAAAACUUAUUGAAACUA